CAAUUGCAAAUUGUUUGGAUUUUUCAUCACAAUUUUGCAAACACAAAUUAAUCGAACGUCGGUGGAAGCUGCUCGGAUUAACGGAUUUCGAGUCUUCAUUAUUACUAUUGAAUGUUUCGACGCAAUUAACAUAUUCUGUGCAACUAAAAGUGCUAUGUGAAUGUAAACGAGUGAAAAUAAAACAAAUAAAAGUGCAAAUUUUAUUGAUUAAAGGUAUAUAUGUUCAUGUAUAUACACUUGUUCGUAUAAACAUACACGUAUAUUCGUGCAAGUGCGAAUUAACACUAAACAUACAGAAGAAUUAUCUUGCGUUCUGUGCCAUGAAAAAAUUAUAAAAUUCAAAUAUCUUAAAUUCCCUGCUACUGUUGGAAAACUGAUAAUUACACAUAUACACACCUGGGGUUAACAAAUAAUAAAUAUACAGCUGAAAAAAUAAAGUUCCGGAACAUUACUGAAAGCUGUGCUGUUUGUAGUUUGGAAAUUAAACAUUUAUCUGAAACAUCUUUGUGCGUAGACUGAACGCUUCCGCUCAUCACUUGUGCGCAUUACAUUAAGGCAUACCAACAACAAGCACACCAACAAAAGCGCUUCAAAGAUGUCGGCGUCGCGCGCCAACACACCACCAUCCGAAUCGGAGGAGGCGACGUCACGUAAUCAUAACGGCACUGGGAGUGGUAGCAGUGGCAGUGGUGAAAAAAAUCACAAUAACAAUUCCAAACUGAAAUCAGCACAAAAUAGCGGUGGCGGCAGCAUCGAUAAACUCUCACCAGAUCAAGAUAUAUUCAUAAAUCCAGCCGAUGGCCUACCCAGCCAACAUCCCACAUUACCAGACGGUGAGGUGGAUAGCGAAAGUGACAAGGAAGCCGUCGAUCCUGAUUCCUUCGAUGACUUACCCACAUCCAUCAUUGUGACAAAUAUACACUCUGAAGUGUUUACCAAACCAGCGCUGAAACAGGAAAUGGAAGAACUUUUCCGUUCUUUCUGCGAUUCGGCAACCUUCCAAUGGUUACGUAGCUUCCGACGCUUGCGCGUUAACUAUGACAAUGCAAUAGCAGCGGCCAAUGCACGUAUCAAAUUGCAUCAAUACGAAUUUAAUAGGAAAACCAUCAUAACCUGUUACUUUGCCCAACCGGUAACACCAGUCUCGAAUAAAAACUUACAACCGCCAGCGCCGGUAAAACAAUUCCUAAUCUCACCACCAGCUUCGCCGCCAGCCGGCUGGGAGCCACGCGAGGAGAAUGAGCCGUUGGUGAAUCAUGAUUUGCUAGCAGCAUUGGCAAGUCUAACGCCAGGCGAAUCGCAUGAGUUGCAUCCACAGAGUGAAGAUCAACCGGGAAUCAUAGUGCAUACGGCUAUGUUGCCGGAGGGUGCUACCGCUGCACCGACAAUAGCUGGCGGAUCGAAACCGGUAAUUGUGCAAACUAAAUGUCCGGAGCGUGCGUAAAAUGGUACGACGCUGAAGUCAUACUGAAGUUAAGUUCCUGGGAGGGAGGAGAGCGUUAAGGGGUGGAGUAUUAAAGAGACGGACGUGCAGUGCGGAUAGAGACGAAUUAGUUUUAAGUGCAAAGGACAGGUGCUGAGCACUUGAUUAUACAAAAAAUACAUAAUACAAUACAUAAGUCGAAGAGACGCUAGCUAAUGCGCUAGCAAAGAAAAGAAGUAGUACAGGAAAGAAAGUAAAUAAGUAUGUAUUAUACGUAUGUAGGUAUAUGCAACUUGUUAUAGAAUUUUCUAAAUGAAAUUUGUAGCUGAAAUGUUUUGCGAAUUUGUAGUUGAAGUUACCACGGAGAAAUUGUAGACUUCCUCUAAGCAUAUUGAACAGUAAUCUGACGUUUAUAACUUAUACAUACAUACAAUACAUAUGCGCGCGCCACAUUCAGGUGUGAAGAAAAAGUAAAUAAAAAUAAAAAUAAAAAAUCUCUGUGUGAAUUUCGAAUUUUCGAACUGCAUAUGUAAUAUAUAAAUGUAUGUAUGUAAUAUCAGCCAAUACCCAUCCUCUGCAUGUAUUUGUAUUUCUCACGAAAAACUUGAAUGAAUGAUUUUACGCUCAUUCAUUUAUUAUUGAACGGUUUGUGCAAUGAAAGCCGAUAAUCACGUCAGCGUUUAUAAAGCGCCCACUAUAUUAUAUAUAUGUGUAUACAUACAGAUGCGUGCAACUAACUAAAAACGUUAAUAAGAGAAUUCCAAUUGGUUGAUAUAAGGUUGUCAAAUAUCUCCCUUCCGCUUUUUUGCUCUUCAUUCAAUGCUUUAUAAAAAGUGUUACAGUGAUC